UGGGAGGGCCUUUCCGUUACUUCUCAUAAUGCAAGUGACUUUGGUUUCUCUGCCACAAGUGAAUGAGGGACAGAGGGAGUGUCUUCUUUGCUACCGGAGCCUGCCCCGGAAUUAGCCUUCUGCGCUGUUCAGAAGACCCAGCUGUUCUGAGCUCUGAGUGCUGCAGCCCCUUGGAGAGACAACCAUGUCCUGGCGGCUCUCUGCAGUGCUGGUGUCCUUCGUGUCCCUGGCUGUGUUUUUGCAUUACGGCCAUCAUAUGAAAGCAAAAGUUUUUCCAGAAAUCACAGACUCUUCUUCACCUACAACAGCAGCAACAGUACAGGCCACAGCAGAACCUUCUCUCUGGAAGCCAACUAACCACACGCCUCACAAAACUUUAGCAGCAAAGUCAACAGAUGGUCAUGUCACCUCUCAGAUAGCUACCACAGUGACCGACUCCGAGACCCUCACCACACACACAACCAUAACAACUCUCGCAGCAACUUCCCUGGCAGCUACAAACAGCACCCCAUCUACCAGCCCAACAACCCACACCCUGUUCACAACCCUGGCCACACCCAACACAUCACACAUGGCUGCUCCAGUCACUGAGGCUGCAAUCAGCCCCAGUGCAGGUCUCAGUUCACUGCUACCCACCAUCAUCCCACCAGCCCACACAACUGGAACCAGGUCAUCAACCCUCAGCCCCACAGCUGGGAAAACUACUCAACCCAGUAACCAGACCACCCUUCCAGCAACUUUGUCCACCUCACCACACAACAGCACCGCCAGUCAGAAGCCUACUCACCCCAACCAUACCCCAGGGCCAACCACAGGCGCACACAAUACCACACAAACGGCCUCCCCUGCCACCAUAGCUCCCGGGCCCACCCUUGCACCUCAGCCAUCAUCAGCCAAGACUGGAAUUUAUCAAGUUCUAAAUGGAAGCAAGCUCUGUAUCAAAGCAGAGAUGGGAAUAGAGUUGACAGUUCAAGAUACACAGUCGGUUUUUUCACCUCAGAGAUACUUCAACAUUGACCCCAACACAACCCAAGCCUCCGGGAACUGUGGCUCCCGAAAAUCCAAGCUUCUCCUGAAUUUCCAGGGCGGAUUUGUGAAUCUCACAUUUACCAAGGAUGAAAACUCGUAUUAUGUCAGUGGAGUGGGAGCCUAUCUGACCGUCUCAAAUCCAGAGAAAGUUUACCAAGGAAUGAAAAAUGCUGUGGUGAUGUUUGAGACCAUGAUCGGGCACUCCUUCAAGUGCGUAAGUGAACAGAGUAUCCAGCUGUCACCCCACCUUCAGCUGAACACAAUGAACGUCCAGCUUCAGGCCUUUGAUUUCGAAGAUGACCACUUUGGAAAUGGGCCGCUCCCGCCGCAUAUCAUAUGGAGGUUCCCAGGCAAGGGGUUGAAUCGGAGCUGUAACUGCCAAGCCUAUGCCAGAGCCACAGCAACAGGGGAUCCUAGCUGCGUCUGCAACCUACACCACAGCUUGUGGCAACACCGGAUCCUUAACCCACUGAGCAAGGCCAGGUAUCGAACCCUCCUUAACCCACUGAGCAAGGCCAGGUAUCGAACCCACAACCUCAUGGUUCCUAGUCAAAUUCAUUAACCACUGCGCCAUGGCGGGAACUCCAAGACUGAUUACAUUUUAAAUGAACUGAAUAAGUACUCUCUAACAGAUCAAAGAAAAAAGAGUUUCGACAAAUUUACAAACUUUCACUUUUAAGUUCUCAUAAAUAAUUACGUCUAUUUUCUAAUGCUUCUUGCUCACGAAAAGCAACAAAAGAGAAUAUUAAGUGUGACAAAAAUAUAUUAUAAAAUGGAGAAACAUCACAUGUUUUCAAGAGAUCACAUUUAUGGUGACAGUCUGUUUUAUAUAAGCACAGAGCAAUAUCUGAAAGAAAACAGAGGUAACAAUUAUUAAAUAUCUAUUAAUUUCUGAACAGAGAAGUUUACCUUAUUUCAUCCUACAACAAUUUUAUAUAUUAUUUGCUUGCUUUAUGAAUAAGUAAACUGCAACACUAAAUAACCCACACAGGUUUACACAGUUAGUGGCAGAAUUAAAAGUCAAGCUCAGGCCUGACUCCAAAGCUCAUAUUCUCCCCAACUUUAGCCUGCUUUCCAGUCUGUCCUCAUUAAACCUUAUUGGCUGUAUUGUGUUUGUGUUUUCUCUUAGUGGACGAGUGUUCAUCUGACUACACAAUUGUGCUUCCUGUGAUUGGGGCCAUUGUGCUUGGUCUCUGUGCUGUGGGUUUGAUUGUCUAUGGAAUCCGCCUAAAGCGUGAAUCAUCUGAAUACCAGAGAAUCUAACUGGUGCCCCACGGGAAAAAAAAAAAAACCUGGAGUGUGGAGAAGUCUUCCUUCGUUUCCAGGAUGUUGAGGACUUCCUGUAGAGUAUGGGUUCUUCCAACAAUGUGAACCCCCAUCUUUCACAAAAACCAAGUCAUUUCUGAUUCAAGUUCAAGCAGCACAUCGAUUUCUAAAUAUUGUUUGUUCAAUUUUAUGAAAGAUCUUGUGAGUUGUUUAAGAACAUUUUCUGGUUUCCUUGAAACUACUUCAACCACUCAAAAUCAACAUUCAAGAUACAUUAAAUUAACAUACUCUAUGUAAAAUGAUAUAUGCUCCAAAUUAAAAACCAAAGUGUCAAUUGAAA